AUCCCUUUCAACUAACCCAAAAUCAACGACCCGGCCCAUCCAUCUCAAAUUGAAGGACCCGAACCUGAGAACAUUCUUUGUUUUCAAAUGUGGAUCAACAUCCAUCAAAGCUUUCCAGCUUCAGUUGUUUUUAUUGCGGAUCGAGAGUUCUGAUUACAGAAAAUGGAUGCAAAAGCUUUAGCAAAGUCAAAGAGAGCUCAUUCUUUACUUCUUAAUAAGAAGCAUAAUCCACAUCACGCAUCUAAGGGUUCUUCUGCUGUUUCUGGCACGCCCGCUGGCGGUAAGAAUGCUACCGUCAAGCAAGUUAAGGAAAAGCCUAAAUCUAAGCUCCCCUCGAAUUGGGAUCGAUAUGAAGAGGAAAAUUCUGAUUCUGAAACUGGGAUCCAGGAAGGCCCAAGUAAUGCAAGUGAUGUAGUUGAGCCGAAAAGUAAAGGAGCAGAUUAUGCAUACUUGCUUUCGGAGGCUAAGGCUCAGUUUCAGUAUUCUUCAGAGGAAGUUUCUUUUUCUGAUGAUAUUUUUGAUGACUUUUAUCAGGGACUAGGAGCAUUACUCUCCGCAAAAGGGCAAAGCAAGUUAACGUGGAUAGCAGAAGACAAUUUUGCUAUGGAAGAUAAGGCACCUCCUCCCACUAAGGCAUCAUUUCUUUCACUUGAUCUGCAAGCUCUUUCAGAGCAGCUUGAAAGAGCUAGUCUACAAGAGAGGCUCUUCAUAGAACCAGAUCUACUUCCUUUGGUACUGUGCGCUGUGGAGUCGCAAGCAGCAGCUGAAGAGAAACAUGAUGGCAGUCUAGCCUCGAGCCAGAGUUCAAUAGCCGAAAAGGACUCCAAUUCACCAAUCUCCACUAGCGUCUACAAUAGCAAUAAAAACAGGCAUCAACAUUCUGAAUUCUCGCAUCUGGGCACCACAACCAGCAGUAGCAGUCAUCCAACUUUAGAUGAUGAAUCCUCUAAACCUUCGACUGCUUUUAAGGAUGAGGCUGGGCCAUCCAAAGGAUCUGGACAAAAUGAUACACUGAUACGUACUUCAGAAUUCAACACGAGUUCUGUUUCUAAGAAACCGUCUGCAUUUAAGGCUGCAGCUGCAGAGGCAGAGCUUGACAUGCUUCUUGAUUCAGUCACCAAGAUUGAAAUUUCUGAGUCCACAAAUGUAAUCGACCAGUCUAUUCGUCUUUACCCCGUGACACAAGCAGGAACACCAGCUCCUUUGUCAGAAGGGACUUCAUCCCAGCCCAAGAGAGGCCAUGAUCUGGCCAAACCUGCAAUAUCAGAUAUCAGUUUGGACGAUACACUGGAUGAUCUUCUCAAAGAAACAUCCACUGUGACUAGCAAAAACGAGCGUUUGCCUCCUAGCAAGGUAAACUCCACUGCUGAUCGUACACCAUCUGCUUCUCAGCCUGUCUCCAAGUCUAAAAUUAUGGAUGAUUUUGAUUCAUGGUUUGACACAUUGUAACUGAACCCCACAUUUUGAGCAGUGAUCAUCUCAUCCUUUUGGGCAAUUUUUUCCCUGUUAAACUCACAUCGCGGCACAAAAGUGUCUAUUUCUGAUUGUUAUCCUCUACAAGUUGUGUUAAAAAUCUGACUUUGUCAACUGAAGCUGAGGUAACAAAGUUACUAAUUUGUAGUUGUAGAGGGUGUUUCCACUUCGACACAUAUAGCAGGAUAAUUUGACUGGGAUUAAAGUUGACACGACAGAUUUCAAUUCGUUCAA